GAUUUCUACUUCUCAGUAACCGCGGUCGCUCGGACACAACGAACUCACUACAAGCGUGGUUGUACUUGCUUGUCUGUAAUGUUUUAGGAAUAUUUUUUAAAAAUAAAAUAAGUGUUUUUUGAACGUUAGCAGAGGGAAAGGUGACGGUUCAGGCGGAGAAUGGGUAAAAAACAGGAGAUAGAUUCGGACUCCGAGUAUGGAGAACCUGCUCAGUUUGACCCAUCCUUCAAUGGACCCAUCAAGAAAAGAGGGUGCACUGAUAUAAUCUGCUGCAUCUUGUUUAUGGCCGUCAUCCUCGGCUACAUGGUAGUCGGAGCUUUAGCUUGGCUCUAUGGAGAUCCUAGACAUGUUCUCUACCCAAGAAACUCCACUGGAUGGUUCUGUGGCAUCACUGCUAAUAAAGAUAAACCCAACUUGUUCUACUACAACGUUUUAAAAUGUGCCUCAUCUGUGAAUGUUAUUGCCACAGCUCUUAAUGGGUUUCAGUGUCCGACCACGCAGGUUUGUGUGGAGAAAUGUCCCACUAGCUUUGGUGCUGUGACAAUAUUUGACUACAGUAAAAGUCCAGCAGAUGUUUUUGAACAAAGCCUAUGUGUGCCUUCAUUAGACCUGGCUACAACUACAAUGAAUGUUAAAGAUAUUGUGGAAAAGGAGCUGUGUCCCUCAUUCUUCACGCCCAUGACCUCUGUGCUGGGAAGAUGCUUGCCUGACAUUGACAAACUGAGUGAGAUUCCCCAAGAUUUUGCGAAUGUUCCAGGCCUACCGUCAUCGGUCAAUGAAACAGUUGACAUAAUCAGGAAUGGCACUGGGGACAUUGUGAACGGAUUCAAUGCCAGGGAGAUCGGCCUCCGGAUCUUUGAGGAUUUUGCGUCGUCAUGGCCGUGGAUCCUCCUUGGUUUGGUGAUAGCCAUGUUGGUCAGUAUGCUGUUCCUGCUGCUGCUGAGAUUCACCGCUCCAGUCAUGGUGUGGGUGCUCAUCAUAGGCCUGCUGGGCGCUGGAGCUUAUGGGAUAUGGCACUGCUACUGGGAGUACGAGAACUACAAGCAAGCCUCUGCUUCCAUCACUGACAUUGGCUUCACAACAAACUUCAACGUUUACCUGCAAACACAAGAGACCUGGCUGGCCUUCUUGAUCAUCAUUUCCAUAGCCGAGGCGAUCAUUCUCCUGACCCUUAUCUUCCUGCGGACCAGAAUCCUCAUUGCCAUCGCCCUGAUCCAGGAGUCCAGCCGGGCGGUCGGUCAUAUGAUGUCCACUCUGCUGUACCCUCUGGUCACUUUUGUUUUCAUACUGGUGUGUGUUGCAUACUGGGGAGCCACUGCUUUAUAUUUGGCCACGUCAGGAGCCCCAGUCUACAGAGUGGUGUCAUUAAAUGCCACUUCCAGCGACUGUAUGAGCCUAAACGGCACAGUGGACUGUAACCCUCUGAACUUCAGUUCAUCCAGUUACCCAGGCUGCCCCUCAGCCAGCUGCAUUUUCAUCAAAUACAACAACGAGGGUCUCUUUCAGAGGAACAUCUAUAACCUACAGAUCUACAAUGCCGUGGCUUUUCUCUGGUGUGUUAACUUUGUCAUUGCCUUGGGACAGUGCACGCUAGCGGGGGCGUUUGCAUCCUACUACUGGGCUUUCAACAAACCACAUGAUAUCCCCACAUUCCCCCUGUCUGCCAGCUUUCUGCGCUCACUCAGGUACCAUGUGGGCUCCUUGGCGUUUGGUGCUUUGAUUCUGACUCUGGUUCAGAUAGUGAGGAUAAUUCUGGAGUACAUCGACCACAAAACAAGAUCGGCCCAGAAUCCAGUGGCUCGGUUUAUCCUUUGCUGUCUUAAGUGCUGCUUCUGGUGUUUGGAGAAGUUCAUCAAGUUUCUCAACAGGAAUGCCUACAUUAUGAUUGCUGUUUAUGGGAAAAACUUCUGUGUCUCAGCCAAAAAUGCGUUCAGCCUGCUCAUGAGAAAUAUCUUAAGAGUGGUGGUGCUCGAUAAAGUGACAGACCUGCUGCUCUUCUUUGGGAAGCUCCUGGUGGUCGGUGGAGUAGGGGUUUUAGCCUUCUUUUUCUUCUCUGGACGAAUACUACUGCCAGGUGAAACCUUCCACUCUGAAACCCUCAACUACUAUUGGAUGCCCAUUAUUACGGUGGUGUUUGGUAGCUAUCUCAUAGCUCAUGGAUUCUUCAGUGUGUACAACAUGUGUGUGGAUACGCUCUUCCUCUGUUUCUUGGAGGACUUGGAGCGUAACGAUGGAUCUCUGCAGAAGCCAUACUACAUGUCCAAAAACCUCAUGAAGAUUCUCAGUAAAUCAAACAAAGAGCCAAAAGGAGGUAAAAGGAAGGACUGAGGAUCAUUUUACCUCACAAGUUCAUAAAACCACACAAAGACUAUCGGAAUAUCUUUAUCCCCAUCUUUAAACACUCCAAUGCUGCAUUAUUUUGUAACAGUUUACUAAAACUGAUUUUGCACUUUGUAAUUAUUUUAUAUGAUAUCUUUUAUGUGGAGAAGUAGUAUUAAUGACCGACACAAGAACAGACUUCUCAUGUGAAAGCGGGGAAUGUGAAUUCAAAUGAUGAAGUUUUCACAUAUUCAUCACAACAUUACCCCAGCAAAAUAACAACAAUCCUGCUGGAUGUUUUGAAUUAGAAGUAAUGCAACAGAAACAGUUGUUUCCUCUAUUUUAAUGGAGAAUCUUUAUAGAGAGAGGACUCCUAUGAUGUGCUCUCUUCAGAUGGAGCAUAUAGAUUAUAAUUUAAGAUAAUAUUGAACAAAAAAAAAAAGAUUUUAAUACCAACAUUUUAUGACUGAUGCUGAUGUUGAAAAUAAUUUAAUAAAGAUGUAAAUAUGUUGAUGGCA